AGAAGAAGAAGAAGAAGAGGAGGAAAAGAUGCGGCUGGUAGCCUGAUUGGUGCAGACAGUCUGAGUGUUUCCGCCGCCUUGGGCUAGCAGAUGUACUUUCCACCCCCCUCUCUCUCCCUGUGUGAAAUAGUCCCGCACUAUCUAAACUACAUCGUCCUCGGUCCAAGGACUUUGCUGAAGUUAAGUUAUCUAGACACGGUUCUGAGGGUGGGUGUGAGAGAGGCAGGCAGAAACUCAGAGCCUGCACACCACACUCUGAGUGCAGUCUUUGUCCCAACAUCCACCUCUCAGCUCCACAAUGUCUGAACUUUUUAUGGAGUGUGUUGAGGAGGAGCUGGAGCCGUGGCAGAAACAAGUUCCUGAAGUUCACUUGAUAGAGGAUGAUGAUGAUGAACCUAUCUUCGUUGGAGUGCUCUCUAAUAACCCAAAGGAUGGUAAGCCUAACCCUCCACCUCCUCAGAGGAACAGUGCAGGGAAACAAGAAAUAAAGCGUCCUGCUCCUCAGCCUGCCGUUGGCCCUGCACCAAUAAUGCUGCCACUGAAUGUGGUUGGAAAUGCUGUGAAUACUGCAGCACCCAGUCUGACAACAGUGACUCCGCAGCCUGUUAUUGUCAAUAACCAGGGCUUUAUUGUCACUUCUCCGCAAAUAACAAACAACAGUGAGUUUAUUGCCUCUCUUGGGACACAUUACCCCCCUGGGACAUCAUUUACAAUUGUACCAGCUGGUCAGCAGCAGCUUUUUCAGCAGGUCAGUCCAGGCACAGUAAUACCUGGUGCUGUCCACAGGCCUCAGGUGCAACAAAUCAGCAACAACGUUGUGACGUUGUCUAACGUCCAGAGUCCUGCUGUGUAUUCAACACAAACUAACCAGCUGCAACCCAACCGGCCGAACUCCCAGACUCUUCAGACCUUCUGUCUACCUAUACAGGCCAAUAGCACCAACAGAGAUCAAAGCCCAGUCAAACGAUUGCUACCACAGCAAAUAGACAGCACUCCAAAAAGAGCAAAGCUUGAUUUGGGGCCGGCAAAAGUAACUGUCCGAGUGGAAAAUGGGAUUUUAAAGCAAAAGUGCUCCAAGUGUCAAGAAGAAUUCCUUACACAAGAAGACCUGAAUUUUCAUAUGACAAGUUGCUGUACAAAUAUUGAAAGUACACCUACAUCAGCCCAGAACAUGAGUGCAAACAAGCGCAUUAUGCUGGUCUCAGAUUUCUACUACGGUCGGUUUGAGGGAGAUGGGAACAAGGAGGUGCAGAAGACCAACACUACUUUCAAGUGCCAGAGCUGUUUGAAAGUUCUCAAGAACAACAUCAGGUUCAUGAACCAUAUGAAACACCACCUGGAGCUGGAAAAGCAGAACAGUGAGAGCUGGGAGAGCCACACAACAUGCCAGCAUUGCUACCGACAGUAUAUGACUCCAUUCCAGCUGCAGUGCCACAUCGAGAGUGCUCACAGCCCGAUCGAAUCUUCAACCAACUGCAAGAUAUGUGAGCUGGCGUUUGAGUCAGAGCAGGUACUUCUGGAACACAUGAAGGAUAACCACAAGCCCGGGGAAAUGCCUUAUGUCUGCCAGGUGUGCAAUUACAGGUCCUCUUUCUUCUCAGAUGUGGAGGCACAUUUCCGAAGUGUCCAUGAAAACACAAAAGACCUACUCUGUCCCUUCUGCCUCAAAGUUAAUAGAAGUAGUCAUAUGUACAUGCAGCACUACAUGAAACAUCAGAAAAAAGGGAUCCAUCGGUGUGGAAAAUGCAGACUGAAUUUCCUCACCUACAAGGAGAAAGUGGAGCACAGGACUCACGUCCACAAGACUUUCAGAAAACCUAAAGCCCUGGAGGGCCUCCCUCCGGGUACAAAGGUGACCAUUCGAGCCUCCCUCACAGGAAAGACACCCGUAGUGCAGAUCUCCCCUGAGCGAUCAGGCUUUACUCCAGAAACACUAAGUUUCAGUCAGCAAACCAAACCUCCAGUCAGCGUAUCCAAGUCUAAAUCGAACGUCUCUGGAGCAGGAAAAGCCAAGACAGCUCAGAACAAGAAGCAAGAUGCUCGAAAUGGCAAGCACAACCUGGCACUCAGGAAUCUCAGAGCCAGUGGAGGGCGUCACACGUGCAUCGAGUGCAAGACAGAAAUCGACCACUUCUUUUCUCAUUUCCCAAUGCUUUCAAAUUGUGGUGCGUGCAAAUAUCGUACAAGUUGCAAAGUUUCAAUUGGGAAUCAUAUGAUAAGAUUUCAUAGUACCAUCAAAAAAAACAGAUUCUCGAAAAUGGAUCAUAAGAAAAAUUCAUCUACAUUAAAAUUAACCCUGGUCUGUCUCAACUGUGACCUCCUGGUGGAUGCAUCAGGUGGUGACUUGAUGACCAAACAUUUAACUGAUCGACCAAAUCACAUAUGCAAAGUCAUUCAGGAGAAAGCAGAUACCAAAGCCAAAGAUCGAGUGCAUCUCGUCUUGGGGCAGCCAGCAAGAGUCUUGUACCUCUUGACAUCAGCACCCGCUCAAAGACCAAAGGAAAUGGGCUUGAAACUAGUUGAAAGUGCCACACCUGGAAGUGUUACUGUUGCCACCGUUGGUCAACCAGAACCGGAGCCAAUGUUACCAGCAGGUGAUCAGAAAAAGGAUUCCACAGAAAUAAUCAUCAAUGAAGGUUCCAUUAAAGGAGAAGUAAAGCAGUCUUCGCUGCCCGCUUCAUCGUCUUCCUGCACAUCAGAUCAGGUUUUAGAUCUCGGUGAUGGGUCGGUGGAUAACUCUGAGAGCUCAGAUAUCGCAGAGCAGCUCCCUGUCGAAGGGAUUGUCCCUGACCAUAGGGAACAUGAAACUAAAGCUGAAUGAACUUGUACUAAACGAUGCACAUGACAAACAAGAGAGGUCUGCAAAGUUAAAAAUAACUGCGUCAGCCAUACCACUGCAGAGUAAUUUCUUUUACAAACAUCAAUUAUAUAAUGAUGUUGCUUUGGCUGCUGGUAUUUGCUCCUACUACUACUCAAGAUUCAUGUGUUUGGUAAGUCAGUUUCAACGCUUGGGAAAAAAAAUACUUUAUCACAGGUUUUUUUUUUUUCUUUAACUCCUCUGCCAAACUUGCAUUCCCUAAACCUAUGUAAGGUUUUAUUGUAUUAAUGAAUAAAAAUGCAUACCCUACAAUUUUAUUUUCCCCAUAAAGUAUCUAAUGAGAACAUUUGCAAACAUCAGAAAUUGUUAUUCUGCACUUAGACUGAUUCCAUGCAGUGUCUGUUGUUGAUUAGACUUAAAUGACUGUGGCUCAUUUAAUAUUUCUUAAAUGUUUCAAAAAUUGGUUGAUGUUAUCCCUAAGGAAACCCCAUCUGCCAGAAGGAGGACAGUACUUGGCUCUGCUCGUGAUCCUCAGUGUCAGACUUUUAUCUGCUUAACUGACAAAGACGAACACAUAUAUCUGUGAUCUGACCGUAAAAUUCUAAAACAAGAUUUACCCCCAAAAACACAUUCAGUGGCACAAAAUAUACAUUCUCAUAUUCGCUUGUAUGAUUUAUUAAUAUAAUUUAAGUUCCAAGACUAUUUUGUGUGUGAGUUGAGAUGAUUUUUAGAUUUUUAUCGUCCUUUAAUCUGUGGUUUUCUAUCAUUGUAUAAUGUGUUCAGUAUUUUUUGUGAUCACAAGCAGCUCCCUUUUUAUAUUGAAUCUGUGGUUGGUAUACCAACAACGAAAACAUACAGUAUUGCUGAAAUGUAUACAUUGUUUACAGAAAGAUCCUGGUUUGUGGCAGGAAUGUCAGUCUAUAAUUGAUGUGGAACAGGUAUAUUGUUGAGAGCUGAGGUGUGAAUGUAUCAGUAACUAUUAUCUCGGCACACAGAAAGUUGCUUCAAAACCAUUAAUAAAUUCAGUAGUACAUAUAGAGAAAAUAUUAGUAUGACAUUUAUUCCCUGAGAAAGAGAAUGUUAGUUUUGUGGAAAGUGUGGCUGGGACAAAACUCCAGCAAUGGAAAGGGGCAUUAGGAGGAAAAUGACCACAACUAUUUGAGGAAUGAGCAAAAUAAUAGCUGUCUUUCUUUUAACUUUAUUCAGUGCCAGCCUGUAAAAGAAAUGCAUACACGUUACCUUGGGCACAGGUGCUCAGCACGACACGUCAACUUGAUUAAAUCUGUCAAUCAGUUUUUAUGUCCCAGCUGCUGGUUGAUUAAGUUGCCUUUUAUUUUGCAUUUAUUGAAAAAAGGCAAAUUCCCGGUGGCUCUGGGAAUAUUUUAUACACUGCGUUUUGUUUACUUUGUGUGGCUUAAAAUGUCAAAUGUCAUUGUUUAUGUCAUAGAUUUUUAAAAAGGGUUUUCCCUUUUAUAUAAAGUAUCGCUAGAGCAAGUCCUUAAAUGCAUCUAUGUCUAUGAUGGCACUGUAAAUGUAACCCCCCGAGUCUGUUUUGAAUACAUUCCUCUAAAGAUAUACUGUGUUCCCCUUAGGACACAUUUUCCUCAGAGAUCUGUAAACUACUGGGUUUGGAUCGGUGUUUUUCUGUUAUGUAAAUAAAUCUUUAA